CUACUUCUUUGCGAUUGGUCAGUUUUGAUGUUGUGAAACGUUAUUGGUCAGUCAAACACACGCCUUUACUUCAACGCCACUCAACAACAUAACAAAUACAAGGUGUCUCAUGUGCGACUGAGUCCUCCAGACAGCCAACAGCAUGCUGACCGCACAGAGAGCAUGUGCAGCGCUAACUGCUCAGCGACUUGUUGGAACGUCCGUCUCCGGCACACACACGCGCUCCCGCAAGUUCCGCACCGCCGCUCGCAAUCGCGACAAACUUGAGCUCAACCCAGAAUGGGCGAAGCUUGCCAAGAAGCAGCUCAAAGGGAAGAACCCAGAGGACCUGAUCUGGCGCACGCCCGAAGGCAUCAACAUCAAGCCCGUUUAUACAAAGUCAGACUCUGCUGCGGUCCCAGAUGAACUACCAGGAGUCUUCCCCUACACUAGGGGGCCCUAUCCUACCAUGUACACAUCUAGACCCUGGACCAUCAGACAGUAUGCUGGCUUCAGCACAGUGGAGGAAAGCAACAAGUUUUACAGAGAUAAUAUCAAAGCUGGUCAGCAAGGUCUGUCGGUGGCCUUUGACCUCCCCACGCACAGAGGCUACGACUCGGACAACCCCCGCGUCCAUGGAGACGUGGGAAUGGCUGGAGUUGCCAUAGACACCGUGGAGGACAUGAAAAUGCUGUUUGACGGAAUCCCACUGGAGCGCAUGUCCGUUUCCAUGACGAUGAACGGGGCGGUGAUCCCUGUCCUGGCCAUGUUCAUAGUGACAGGAGAGGAGCAGGGGGUGUCCAAAGCUAAGCUUACAGGGACCAUCCAGAAUGACAUCCUGAAAGAGUUCAUGGUGCGCAACACCUAUAUCUUCCCCCCGGAACCAUCAAUGCACGCUAUCGCGGAUAUCUUCGCCUACACAUCCCAAAACAUGCCCAAGUUCAAUUCCAUCUCCAUCAGCGGCUACCACCUUCAAGAAGCUGGCGCAGACGCCAUCUUGGAGGUGGCUUACACCAUUGCCAACGGCUUGGAGUAUUGCCGCACAGGGCUGAAAGCUGGUCUCACCAUCGACGAGUUUGCUCCCAGGUUGUCCUUUUUCUGGGGCAUUGGCAUGAACUUCUACAUGGAGAUAGCCAAACUGCGGGCUGGGCGGCGACUCUGGGCCACGCUGAUCAAGAAGAACUUCCAGCCCAAGAUGGCCAAGUCCCUCCUCCUCAGAACGCACUGCCAGACCUCAGGAUGGUCUCUCACUGAACAGGACCCCUACAACAACGUGGUGCGGACUGUGAUCGAGGCCAUGGCAGCAGUGUUCGGGGGGACCCAGUCACUCCACACCAACUCGUUUGACGAGGCUCUGGGUCUGCCCACGGUCAAGAGCGCCCGCAUCGCCCGCAACACCCAGAUCAUCAUCCAGGAGGAGUCUGGGAUACCCAACGUGGCCGACCCAUGGGGCGGAUCCCACAUGAUGGAGGCCCUGACAGAUGACGUCUACAACACCGCCCUAAAGUUCAUCAGUGAGAUUGAGGAGAUGGGGGGCAUGGCCCGGGCUGUGGCGGAGGGCAUUCCUAAACUACGCAUAGAGGAGUGUGCUGCCCGCAGACAGGCUCGCAUAGACUCAGGUAGUGAGGUCAUUGUGGGUGUGAACAAGUAUCGUCUGGAGACGGAGGAGACGGUGGAAGUGCUGGCUAUAGACAACACCAGCGUGCGCAAUAAACAGAUCAACAAACUGAAGAACGUCAGAGCGAGCCGUGAUGCAGAGAAGGCCAGGGCGUGUCUGGCAGCCAUCGAGGAGUGCGCUCGCACCCGAGAGGGGAACCUCCUGGGCCUGGCUGUGGACGCAGCACGGGCCAGGUGUUCAGUCGGGGAGAUCACAGAUGCCAUGAAGACUGUGUUUGGAGAGCACAAAGCCAGCACCAGGAUGGUGAGCGGAGCCUAUCGCAGCGAGUACGGAGAAAACGAGGAAAUCUCGCUGACCAACAACAGGGUUACUGAGUUUAAAAAGCAUGAGGGGAGAAACCCUCGUCUAUUGGUGGCGAAGAUGGGCCAGGAUGGUCAUGACAGGGGCGCAAAGGUCAUCGCCACAGGCUUCGCUGACCUGGGCUUUGAUGUGGACAUUGGACCUCUCUUCCAGACUCCGCUUGAGGUGGCCCAGCAGGCUGUGGAUGCUGAUGUGCACUGCGUGGGAGUCAGUACCCUGGCUGCGGGCCACAAGACGCUAGUCCCCGAGCUCAUCAAGGAGCUGAGGAACCUGAACCGCCCCGACAUCCUGGUCAUCUGCGGGGGCGUCAUUCCACCACAGGUAACCUCUGUCCUCCGGAGGAUCAAGACGUGUCAAUUCCUGUCUCCCCGCUGAUGGAUAUAUUUAUGGUCUCUCUGUCAUCUCUCUUUUUCUCUCUCUUUUCCUUUCUCGCU